AUGCAGUUCGCGUUACCUCCGCGGCGAAGCCCGCAUUCUCUACCUCUCUCCCGCUCCCCUCGAAUGUCAUCCUAUCGCAGGAAACAACUAAAGUCGGCGGCCAUUCUGGUAUUCGCAAUAUUAUCCCUUAUUUAUCUCCUCCACUACCUCUACUCCUCGGCCUCCACAUCCGUGGUAGCUCCGGUGGGUACUUCUGGUGUGGUGAUUGUCACACUGUUAGACCGUCAACGGUUCAGCGAGAGCUAUCUCAAGAAGAUCGUUGCAAACCGGGAGGAUUAUGCCAAGCGCCAUGGCUACACCAACUUCUUCGCAAAAGUAUCGGAUUACGACGAUGCCGUUGGCGAUGCUCCAAUGAGCUGGGCAGUUGCACCGGCCACCCGUCAUGCCAUGGCAACACAUCCUCGCUCGGCAUACUUCUUCCACCUCGCCAGUAAUGCUUUGAUCAUGAACCCUACCAAAUCACUCAAAUCUCACAUUCUGGAGAAGGGCCGCCUUGAAGACUUGAUGAUGAAGCAAGUGCCAAUUGUGCCACCAGAUAGUAUUAUCAAGACGUUUGCGCACCAGAGUGAAAAGGACGUGGACCUCAUUCUCACCCAAGACAGCGAGGAUUUGAAUCCCGGGAGCUUCAUUCUGAGGAAUGGAGAGUUUGCCCGUUUCUUCCUAGAUGUCUGGUUUGACCCGCUUUACCGCAUCUACAAUUUUGCUAAGUCAGAAACUCAUGGACUUGAUCACAUCAUGCAGUGGCACCCAACUGUCCUCGCUCGAACCACCUUGGUUCCUCAGCGCAUUCUGAGCUCCUAUAGUAGUGACUCGCCGGGGGCUGCUUUGGAUGGUACUUACAAGGAUGGAGACUUCGUGAUCCAAUUUCAUGGGUGCGAUGAUACACAGGGCCGGGACUGUGCCCACGAACUAGAGCCAUACUAUAAGCUAUGGGAGAAAAAGACGCAGGGCGAUUAG